UUACAUCUGAUGUUUGUAGUUCAGAAGAAGAUGAUGUUCUCCAUUUGGGGACUCUCUGAACCAAAAUCCAUCUCUAAAUUCUCACUUCCCUUUUCCUACUUCUUCCAUUAAUUCUUCACCACCUUCUCUUUCACUUUAUUUAACCAUUUCCCAUUUCUGCUAUCCCCACUUUCUCAUAAACUCUACUCUUAUGGAUUCUUUGGGGAUUUAGAUCCAUCGGCAAUUCCAACUUGGUAACUUUAUUCCUUCUCUUUUAGAUUUGUUCUAUCUUUGAUCUGUUGUAUCGUCUGUUUGUUGUUGUUGUUGUUGUUGUUGUAAUUCCUUAUCAGAAGUUUUAUAAACUAAAGCUGUAAACUAUUGUGUAUUGGAUGUGUUUCUGACAUACCCAUUUUUCAUUCUGCUCAAAGUUCAUCAAUUUCUAUAGAAUUUGGGUGAAUUUAGUAUCCGGGUAUUCAUCUGUGUAUUGCAGAGAAGUUUAGAAUAGCAGUUAGGGUUUGUGUAAGUGUUAUUUGAAAAGAAGUUUGCUUUUUGGUUGCAAUGAGUUUUGGUAGAGAAACAAAUGUAGUUCAAGUGAUCACUGGGAAUGGUGGUGGAGGUGAUAUGUGGUCUGGUGACCAAGCAGUUUGGGCUACUGAGGAUGAGUAUCAAGUUUGGAAUAAUGGUGAUGCAAUGGGGGAUGCCAUGUCCAACUCGAAUUAUGAUCCGAGGCAAUCCCAAAGUCACUCCGGAAGUGAACCUCCCAAUAAGAAAUCUAGGAACACCCAAGAUGUGACUUCUUCUAACCGGUCGAAAGCCAUUGGGAAGAUGUUUUUCAAGACCAAGCUUUGUUGCAAGUUUCGAGCUGGGACAUGCCCGUAUGUCACUAAUUGCAACUUUGCUCAUAGCAUUGAGGAGCUUCGACGGCCGCCUCCUAAUUGGCAAGAGAUUGUGGCUGCUCAUGAGGAAGAAAAGGCAGUGUCUUCGGAGCCCAGAGAAGAGUUUCAGAUUCCAAUAGUGACCACAGGGUUUGGUGUGGAGACCCAGAGGUCAUAUAAAGGAAGGCAUUGUAAGAAGUUUUAUACUGAGGAAGGGUGCCCUUAUGGAGAUAAUUGCACUUUCCUUCAUGAUGAGAGUUCAAAGAACCGGGAGAGUGUGGCAAUAAAUUUAGGUCCCGGAGGAUAUGGUGGUGCUGCUGCCGCCACUGCAGCAGGUGGAGCAAAUAAUAAGCCUUCAAAUUGGAAAACAAGGAUUUGCAAUAAGUGGGAAUUGACAGGAUAUUGCCCAUUUGGAAGCAAAUGCCAUUUUGCUCAUGGUGUUGCAGAAUUGCACCGAUAUGGAGGUGGGCUUGUGGAUGGAGAAAUAAGAGAUUCUUCGGUCCCACUUGACAAUAAGCAGGGAGGAGUGCCUUCAAAAACUCCAGCUGAUAAUGUGGUAGUAUCAGUCCCUAUAGUUCCUCAUUCUGAUUUAUAUCAUGGAGUUCCAUCACAAAGAUCGUCUAUAGUAAGUCAGAGGCCAGGGCAGAGAGCCCAUCAGAAAUGGAAGGGGCCAGACAAAAUCAGUAGGAUAUAUGGUGACUGGAUAGAUGAUAUGGAAUAAAACUUGGGGUUUCCUUGCCUGCUAAUGUUGCCCAUAGGGCACUUGUACUCUCCAUGGAGUUAGUUUAGGAAACUCAGAUCCGUAGAUGAUUGGAAGAGAUUACAGGAUCAUGUAGCUGUAACUUUUCUGUUGGAAGUAGAUUUUGUAUGCUUGCGUCAAAGUUCAGGUUGAUACAAGGCUUGUUGGUCACAGUCCAUAUGUGAAUUUUGUUGUUGCAAAUGUAACUGAAGCUAUUGUAUCACUUUCCCAGUA